AUGAAGUCGAUCGCUUGCCUUCUUCUCGCCACAUCGGCCGUCCACGGCCUGCGCCUCUCGGCCCAAGAAAAGGUAGACCUCCAAGCCAAGCUCGAGGCGUGGAAGGCCAGCCAAGCCGGCAAGCAAGCCGAAGCCAACGGCUUUCUCCCGCCCAAGACGGAACACGGCAACCUCGAAGACGGCGAGAUUGACGACGAGCUCCUUCGGUUUGCCACGACCCAAAAGAUCGUCGAUGACCUCAACAAGCAGCACAAGGGCGCCGUCUUCUCGACCGACAACCAGUUUGCGCUCAUGACCGAAGACGAGUUUGCGGCCUUUAAGACCAAGGUCAGCGUCGGCAAGUCGGUCGACAUCCAAGGCGAGAGUGCGCUCCAGAGCGCGCUCGACAAGCAGCCGGUGACGGUCGUCGUCGAGGCUGGCAACAACGUGUGGCGCAACUACAAGAGCGGCGUCGUGCAGAGUUGCCCGGGAGCGCAGUCGGACCACGCCGUGAUUGCUGUCGGGUAUGGCACCAAGGACGGCCAGCAGCAUUUCAAGAUCAAGAACUCGUGGGGCACGGGCUGGGGCGAGCAAGGCUACAUCUACCUCAAGCGCGGCGUGAGCAGCAAGGGAAUGUGCAACGUGGCCGAAAUGCCGUCGUACCCGGCCCUGAGCGGCAAGUCGCAGCCAUCGUCCGAGCCGCAGCCGCCGUCCAAGCCCACGAAGAUGCCCCACGGCAACUGCAACGGCUGCAAUGGCUGCUACUACCCGGCCGCGUCGCAGUGCUUGACGGCUGACUACGAUAAGAAGUACUGCGAGUACCUUGCCCCCGAGUUCGGCACCCAGUGGUGCACGUCGUAG